AUGGCAGAUAGCGACACAUACCCCCCGAGGUACUACGAGUACCUUGCAUCCCAGCGCCGCGUAUCCAACUGGGUGCAGCAGACGCGUUCUCAUCCGCGGCAGAGUUCCGCUUCCAGUGUCGAGUUUCCCCCACGGACAUCGCGUGCCAUCACAAAGCGCACCAAACGAAGUGCAGAGUCUAUGUACGCCCUCACCAGCUCGUCGCCGCCCACUCGAAAUCGUCAGCGGCGCAACAGCGCAGAACAGACUGCGGUGUCACCUGCAGCUGCACUGAUAACUUCUUCGCUAUUCGUGUAUGCGUUUUUGCCGUCGUUGUUGACGGUCAUGGCGUUCGUGGUUGUGCUGACGCUUGUCACGAUGGGCACAGAGGAAUCCCAAGAUCGAAGGUCGAAGCUGGAUGAAGCCGACGUUCUACUGUCAUAG